AUGCUCUACUACUCCAGCACCCCCCUCUCUCAUCCCCCGGUAUCCCUCACCACCUCUCAUCCCCCAUCCCCCUGUAUCUCCAACCCCUCACCACCUCUCAUCCCCCUGUAUCUCCCACCCCUCACCACCUCCCAUCCCCCUGUAUCUCCCACCCCUCACCACCUCCCAUCCCCCUGUAUCUCCCACCCCUCACCACCUCCCAUCCCCCUGUAUCUCCAAUCCCCCUGUAUCUCCAAUCCCCCUGUAUCUCCCACCCUUCACCACCUCCCAUCCCCCUGUAUCUCCCACCCCUCACCACCUCUCAUCCCCCUGUAUCUCCAACCCCUCACCACCUCUCAUCCCCCUGUAUCUCCUACCCCUCACCCCCUCUCAUCCCCCUGUAUCUCCCACCCCUCACCACCUCCCAUCCCCCUGUAUCUCCCACCACCUCACCACCUCCCAUCCCCCUGUAUCUCCCACCACCUCACCACCUCCCAUCCCCCUGUAUCUCCCACCCCUCACCACCUCCCAUCCCCCUGUAUCUCCCACCCCUCACCACCUCCCAUCCCCCUGUAUCUCCCACCCCUCACCACCUCCCAUCCCCCUGUAUCUCCCACCCCUCACCACCUCCCAUCCCCCUGUAUCUCCCACCACCUCACCACCUCCCAUCCCCCUGUAUCUCCCAACCCUCACCACCUCCCAUCCCCCUGUAUCUCCCACCCCUCACCACCUCCCAUCCCCCUGUAUCUCCCACCACCUCACCACCUCCCAUCCCCCUGUAUCUCUCACCCCUCACCACCUCCCAUCCCCCUGUAUCUCCCACCCCUCACCACCUCCCAUCCCCCUGUAUCUCCCACCCCUCACCACCUCCCAUCCCCCUGUUUCUCCCACCCCUCACCACCUCCCAUCCCCCUGUAUCUCCCACCACCUCACCACCUCCCAUCCCCCUGUAUCUCCCACCACCUCACCACCUCCCAUCCCCCUAUAUCUCCCACCCCUCACCACCUCUCAUCCCCCUGUUUCUCCCACCCCUCACCACCUCUCAUGUUUGUCUUUCAUUAG